CGGCUGGCCUGGAAUGGCUCCGCCUCCGCUCCCCAUGCGAGACGCCGCUCCCAUCCCAAGUUUCUCUCCGCUCGGCUUGGGAGAGCGGAGAGAGAGCGGGGGGAGAGACAGGAGAGAGAGAGUGGAGAGAGAGAGAGCAGAGAGAGAGGGGAGAGAGAGGAGAGAGAGGGGAGAGGGGGGCUUCUGCUUCUGCUGCUGCAGAGACAGCUUCGUCCCUCUCCGCGUCUCCCAGCGUCUCCGACUCGCCGAGGAAGGGGGACUGGGAACCCUCGCGCCCAACUCCUCAUCGUCAUCCCGUGACAGGAGAGCCACCAUGAAUCCCGGCCACCACCACCGCACGCCACGUCUGCUGCUGCUUCUCCUCCUGCUGCUUGUGGUGCUCCUCCCGUCUCUACUGUGCGGGGCUCAGCGGACCCCUCGCCCGCGGACCGGUCCCGCCAAGAAGGCCCAGCAGCAGCAGCAGAAACAACAGCAGCAGAAGCAGCAGCAGGAGAAGCAGCAGAAGCAGCAGAAGCAGCAGCAGCAAGCAGAGGAGGAGGAGGAGGACUUGGGAGCGGGCCCUCUGCUCUACUUCGGGCCGCAAUUCUACUCGGACUGCCCCCGCGAGUGUUUCUGCUCGCCAGACUUCUCGACGGCGCUGAACUGCGAGAGCCGGAGGCUGAGCGCCGUGCCCAGCCUCCCGAACCGCACGCAGCACCUCUACCUGCAGCACAACCGCAUCUCGGCGAUACCCCUCGAGCCUUUCCAGAACGCCAGUGAGCUGAGGUGGCUCAACCUGAACCGCAACAAGAUCGCCAGCAACAAGGUGGCCAAGAACGUCUUCUCCAAGAUGAAGCACCUGCUGCACCUCUACAUGGAACACAACGACCUGAAGGAACUGCCCUUCCCGCUCCCCAGCAGCCUGCAGCAGCUCAAGCUGGCGCACAACCGCAUCGCGCGGCUGCCCAGUGCCGCCUUCAACAAGCUCACGAACCUCCUGCUCCUCGACCUGAGCUCCAACCAGAUCGAGGAUGGCGCCCUCUCGGGCGAGAUCUUCCACGGCCUGAAGGGUCUCAUCCAGCUGAACCUCUACAAGAACAAGAUCACCAAGAUGCCACCGCAGCUGCCCCGGGGACUCUACCAGCUCUUCCUGGAAAGGAACUCCAUCGCCGAGAUCCCCGAGAGCUACUUCGACAAACUCGAUCACAUCUUCUCCAUCCGCCUGACCUUUAACAAGCUCACCGACUCGGGCCUGCCCAGGAGCAUCUUCAACAUCUCCACGCUGCUCGAGCUCUCGCUGGGACACAACGGGCUGACGCGCGUGCCCCUCUUCACCCCGCGCCUCGAGCACCUCCACCUCGACCACAACCACAUCAAAGCGUGGAACGUGUCCGAGGUGUGUGACCUUCGCAACCCGGUGCCGGCGGCGGGGCCCGCGCGCCUCCGCUACCUGCGCCUCGACGACAACGAGCUGAGGGCCCUGAGCACGACCGAGAUCAUCAUCUGCUUCCCGCUCCUCCACGCCUUCAUGAUCUGACGAGGUGACGCUCGAGGUCACCGCCACCAUUAAUACCGUCAUCGUCGUCACGAAUCAAGAUCCUCAUCAUCCUCAUCAUCGUGAACAUAAUGAUGAUCACCCAUAUCAUCAUCACGAAUAAAGAUCAUCAUCAUGACCGUCGCAAUGAUUCUAGCGAGAUGACCACCGAUAUCAUCUGCGUCAUCUAAAGAGGACAGCUUGUCAUGAGGUUAUUCAUCAUCAUCAUCACCAGGCCACCAUCACUCUGAGAUAGUGAGUUCGUCACCACCAUCACCACGAGGUCGUCGUCUUCUCCUUCUUCAUCACCACCACCACCACCAACAUCACGGGGAUGUACCACACAACUAACGCCUCUCGUUUCUCCUCAAUUGGCUCUCCCCCCAUCGCCUCCGUAUGAGUUGUUCGGGUUACAGAGGGGUAAGAGGUGCACCGCCGCAGCUGCUCGCUCACGCCGCCACUGCCGGCGUGAGUUGCUUUGGCCUACCCCCUUCCAUGCAAUCCACGUCUCGGCGUGAGACCUCCCCCACCCCCACCGCCCCCCCACAAAAAAAAAAAAAUCCCACACCUCCGAUUAGCACGGUCGGCUGGAUACGGUGUUAAAGAAGUUCAACGUACAUAAACACACGUGCGUGCGUGCGUGCCCGCUCUGGGCGAAGUGACGCAGAUCUGGUCUCUCACGCACGGCAUGGCACGUGGCUCUUGGAUGAACUCAACGUAUUUUGCGUCUGUGGCCAACACCGUCUGCGCGUGUGGCAUUGAGAGAACAAAAUGUAGAAAUAUAAUGGGUAACGUUUCAGGCAAUGGACCCCCCCCCCGCCCCUUCUUCACAGAGCGUGGGGACAGAGUGGAUGAGUUGGAGACUUGUUUACACUACGCGAUGGUGGGGGGGGGGGGGGGCAGGGCUGAUAACAAUCACAUUCGAAACGUCUUUACUGACGAUGAGCUGUUUGUAAAUUGGGCAUAGGAAGAGUUAGUACUAGUUAGAGUAAUAGUUAUAAUGAUAGCAAUAAUAGUAAUACAUAGAGGCAUAAAAUAGUCAUCGUUACAAAAAUAGAGUGGCUAAUGAGUAGCGAACACCUCGAAUAAUCAGAAACCUAUUAACAUCAAAUACAGUCAUUCAUGCUAAAAGUGUAUGUGCUAUGAAGGGCUGCUGCUCGAAACGUCGUCUAUUCUAUUUCCCCCUCCCCCCCCCCCAUUUAAGACUACGCACGCACGGGGUGUAUUCACGAAAGCGAUGGUUGUUAAGAUUACGAUGGUUGAGAUACUGGCGAUCCAGAGAUGGUGAUGAUAUCAUGACAAUGUUGAUAAUGGUGGUAGUGUAAUACGAUGGAGAUUUUGUAAAUCAUGACGGAUAAUCAUGGCGGUCAUUAUGAUUGUAAUCAUGGCGAUCAUCAUGAUUGUAACCAUGGCGAUCAUCAUGAUUGUAAACAUAGCGAUCAUCAUGAUUGUAAUCAUGGCGAUCAUCAUUAUUGUAAACAUAGUGAUCAUCAUGAUUGUAAUCAUGGCGAUCAUCAUGAUUGUAAUCAUGGCGAUCAUCAUGAUUGCAAUCAUGGCGAUCAUUAUGAUUGUAAUCAUGGCGAUCAUUAUUGUAACCGUGGCGAUAAUCAUGGUUGUAAACAUAGCGAUCAUCAUGAUUGUAAUCAUGGCGAUCAUGAUUGAAAGAGUAAUCAUUGCGAUUGUAAUCAUGGCGAUCAUGAUUGUACCCAUGGCGAUCAUCAUUGUAAACAUGGCGAUCAUCAUGAUUGUAAUUAUGGCGAUCAUCAUGAUUGUAAUCAUGGCGAUCAUCAUUAUUGUAAUCAUGGCGAUCAUGAUUGUAACCGUGGCAAUCAACAUUAUUGUAAACAGCGAUCAUCAUGAUUGUAAGCAUGGCGAUCAUCGUGAUCGUAAACAUAGUGAUAAUCAUGAUUGUAAUCAUGGCGAUCAUCACGAUUGUAAUCAUGGUGAUCAUGAUUGUGAUCGUGGCGAUCAUGAUUGUAAUCAUGGCGAUCAUGAUUGUAACCGUGGCGAUCAUGGUUGUAAUAAUGGCGAUCAUCAUGAUUGCAAACGUGGCCGAUGUGUUAUAAUGGGCCACUGCCAGAAACGUUGCCCAUGAUAUAUUUCCCCUCCUGAAGCCCCCCACACACACACGGUGGUGGUGGUGGUGGCGGAACGCGUCGAGUCGUUGUUGGCUGUCCUCGUGCACCACGGCCAAUAGACAUCGUCGGGAUAAUCACAGCGUCAACAUCAUCAUCACAGUCAUCAUCAUCAUUACCGUAAUCACCACCACCAUCAUCAUCUCUCUGUCUCACCUGUCCCUGUGUCGAAUCCAAAUUUCAAUGUCACCAGAAUCAUCCUCAUCCUCGAUGCUCCCCCCACCGCCAUGGCAACCACUCCACCCUUCGUCCGGACCAUAACCCAAAACCACUGCUCGUUACGCACGCCCACGCUCCCGUGCUACCACCUCUCCGUGGAAUUUAUUUUAACUUUUUUUUUAAUGUGUGUAACGGCUUUCCUACGCACGCGUGGCGACGACGUUUACACACCACGCGGGUGAGGAUAGCUCUCCUCUAUCUCUGUAUCUAUCUCUCUAUCCCUCCCUGUCUAUCUCUCUCUCGCAUAACCUCCCCCCCCCCAGGCCCGCCGCAUGAGCGUGCGAGGCGUCGUCUUCGUCGGCACGCUAGUUUAUCUCGAUGCUAUGGGUGCUUGAUUAUUUGUUUACUAAGUUUUAGCGCAGGGGUGGGGGAAGCCAAAACACGGCCAGCUACUCCGUGACCUCACUUCACACGACCUGUGACCUUACUUCACACGACCCAUGACCUCACUUCACACGACCCGUGACCUUACUUCACACGACCCAUGACCUCACUUCACACGACCUGCGACUUAACUUCACAUGACACGUGACCUCACCUCACACGACCCGUGACUUCACUUCACACGACACGUGACCUCACUUCACACGACCCGUGACCUCACUUCACACGACACGUGACUUCACCUCACACGACCCGUGACCUCACUUCACACGACACGUGAACUCACUUCACACGACCCGUGACCUCACUUCACACGACCCGUGACCUCACUUCACACGACCCGUGACCUCACUUCACACGACCCGUGACCUCACUUCACACGACCCGUGACCUCACUUCACACGACCCGUGACCUCACUUCACACGACCCGUGACCUCACUUCACACGUGACCUCACUUCACACGACACGUGACCUCACUUCACACGACCCCUGACUUCCACAUGUUCCACAGCCGCUGUAGGGCCCACCACUUUGAUAUUUAUCCAUCGCCGCAAGUCGCAACUUUUCCGCACUCACCGGGAUCGAGAGGGGAAAUAAUUUCCACCUCAAAACGUCGCCGUUUCUGAUUCCGGUGCCGUGCCCGGCCACGUCGCCCAUCACUGCAAGGGGCCUCCUCCUCUUCACACGCUUCACCUUGUGACCGUCUGGCCAACGGGCAAGAGGCACGGAGGCCGGGCGACACUUGAGCCGUGGCCAAACGUCCCGCUGGUGCAACCACGUGGACAUAGCGGUUUGCAGGAAAGGGCCCCGCCGCCCUCCCCUCAACCCCCACUCCUGGUUUAGGUGAAGAGCUGUCGCCGCGUCGGUUUGGGCACGCCCAGGCCACUCUCUCGUAUGGUGCUUUACAAAAUAAAACGUAUCGGAAAUCAA